AACCCACAUUUAAAGUACAAGUGACUACCUCUACAAUACCAACAUUUGCAGAAGAGCCUGCUGAACUAAAGUGCACAGUUUCUGACCUACAGAAUGCGGAUGAUACCCUUCUAACUGCCUCUUGGUACUUCACACCCAUGCUGCCUGCUGAUCAGACUGCUACAAGAGACCUCAUUGCAACAGUAAAGAGGGACUUUACAGUACUCACUGGGGAUAAGUACAGGGACCGAGUCGACAAAGGGCUGAUCAUUGUUUCUAAACCAGAAAGCACAAGUUUCACACUCCGAAUACAGUGGAGUGAGGACUCUGACAGAGGAAAUUAUUCCUGUUCUGUUUCUGCUUGGGCAAAACAAGAUGGUAACUGGGAAGAAAGCAAGACUGAAACUUCAAGUGAUGUUAACAUUUUCUGGGUUCAAGAAGAACCUAAAGUCUUUGCCAAGGCUGUCAGCCAGGGAAGUCCAUCCUCAGCAGGAAGUGCUUUUGAGAUGAUCUGUAGUGUGUCAUCACAGAAUAUCAAGGGGCCUCACUAUUCUGUCUUAAUAACUAGGGAGCAGCCUUCAUCUAAUGUGAAGAAAUUGAUUUCUCUGAACCAUGAAGCAGUGGUAACUCUGGAGGACAAAGCAUACCUGGGGAAUGUUGUUCUAGAGAAGACCAAAGAGGACCAGUUCAGGUUUCGCAUAAGCCAAACACAGAUAUCAGACAUUGGUUUAUAUUAUUGUACAGCAACGGCAUGGACCCCAAGUGGAGGUGGUACAUGGAAGGAGACCGUCAGCGCAAAAUCGAAUGGCAUUAAAAUAGAGUUCCAGUCAACAGGACCAACCUUCAAUGUCACAUUGCAUUCAGACAGCCCAACUGUGCAUCAGUUUGAAAUGGUAGAGCUGCUGUGUACCAUCUCUUUAGGAGAGACUCCAGAUGGAGCUUCAUUCAGCUUGGAUAACGCAGCUUAUGAUGUAUUCUGGUUUGCUGUACGUUCUUAUGACAAUUCAAUUAACCCCACCUUUUUGGCAUCCAUGAGCAGAACAGGGAUGGUAACACAGGCAAGAAGAAACGGUAGCAGUGAUUUAAGUGUGGAGAGGAUUGGAUUGUUGCAGUACCGCCUGCGGGUUCACGGCACCAGAGAUGAGGACUUUGGGAACCAUUUCUGUUCUGUGACACCCUGGGUUAGAAAUUCUGACAGCAGCUGGAUAAAAUCAGAGGAAAUUAAAUCCAAUGAGAUCUUGGUAACUGUACAUGCAGACUUGCUCAGUUCAUUUAAGAUACCAGUCGUAUGUGGCAUUGGCGUAUCUUUGGCUGUUGGACUGUUGGCAUGCCUCAUUGGUUACUGCAGUGCACGAUUUUGCUGCAAGAAGGAUGUGAAGGAAGCAAGACGUGACCACAGAAGGCUUAUGUCAAUGGAAAUGGACUGAAAGGACAAUUAGGAAAUACUAAAGCGGAAACUAGAUAAUUGUUACAGCAUAAACCUUGACCUAUUGAAUGUUGUGUCAGGUGAACAGAAUCCACUCCAGUCCAUGUGGCUUACAAACACUAACAGAAGUCUUCCUUCUUGAAGUUCCAAGGAGACACACUACUGAAAAGAGAAAUGACACUUAUUUUUUAAUCCUAAACAAUUUUUCUAUUUCAAUUUGAAUUACGCUAUUUGUUUAAGCCUUCAGCUGCAAUAAUAUGUUGUGCUGUUUCUUUUGAUAUCUUGCUCUGCUGGGCUACAGAAUUGUUCAGUGUUUGCUGAUGCAAUAAGUAUCACUCUGUUAAGAAACAGAACCCCAUAAUAAUGCCUGGCAGGCAAGUAAAAAUUUGUAAAACAGAGUGCAGCUGAAAUGUUUGUGUAUUCAGUGGUACAGAGUUUUUCAUGUCACUUUUUUUUUUUGCACUAAUUUCUUAUUAAAUGCUCCAUAUCUUCACUCAUUAACCACUCAUUGAGGUACCCAGCUGUGCGUAACAUAGGAUCCUGAGCCAUGGAAAACUGGAAUUAUGAUGGUACUGAGCAGACUUCUGAUGUUGCAUUUAAAUCUGGAUGAGUACACUACUACAUUAAGUUGUCAAAUCUACACACUCCAGAGAUAUGUGAACAUUGUGAUCAUUCUGAUAUUACAUUUCGAUGCUCUGCAAUGUAAUCAUUUACAGGACAUAAGGAAUUGUUGACAUCAUCUAAUAGGUGUUAGUGAUUUGGGGGGGACGAGGACAAUAAUUUGUUAAUUUUCAGGUGUAUGCUUUGUUUUUUAAUUAGGACUUUUCAACUUUAGAACAUGAUUGCAACAGUUAUGAUUGGUGUUAUCCUAUAUUUUUGAGUUGUACUGUUUUAUGUUGCAAGUGCCAAACUUAAAAAUGAUAGUAGUACACACAUCUGAAAAGGCCCUGAAAUGGGAAGCAGGUUGAUGUGUCUAGGUAUAUCCAGAUAAUGAAGUUAAGUGCCCAUAUAAAAGUUUGCUGACACUGCAUUUAUUUACUUUGCUGUUGUACAUUCAUAGAUGAAUUUCUUGUUAUGCAGAGAAGUGAUAUAAAUAUCUGUCAUAAUUUUAUUAUUCCAAAAUGUGGUCAUUUUGCACAUUAAUUUUUUUUGUUUGGGCGCUUCAUAUGUAUAGAUAGUGUUAAGAGAGCUGAAAUUGAUUUUUCAGCAAUAUGUAAAUUCACUGUGAAAUUAUGGACUUCACCGAUUGUGUGUCUGUGUUUUUGUGUGCUUGUAUACGUACAGACACACACACACUUUCACAGCUUUUGUAAAAGGUAGGAGUUUUCUGUUGUAAUUUAUGUGCCAACAAAAUAAUGUCUGAAGCUCAAAAAUAUUUAAUUCGGCCAGUGCAGUACACAUUUCAAAACUAAUCUAAGCUAAGCUUCUCCAUUCUUUUCACAGUAUCUGCUGCCUUGAAAAAAAAUCCUUAUAAAUGUCGUCAGACAUUAUUUGGGAAGGUCCUUAGUCUUGCAGACUGCACUAAUUUUUAGCAACAUUUCAACCACCACAAUAAAUUACAUUGAUGUGUGCACUGCUUUGAGAAAGUUGCAGUCUGCCAUUAUUUUGACUGCUUUACUAAUUCUUGUCAGCUUCAGGUUAUAUAUCCUCAUCCCUUGCACUGCAUGUGCUGUAGGAAUUAACUGAGCAGUCCUUACAAGUCUAGAUCAUAGAGGUGUGCUUUAUUUUGCUAGUGGCGCUUUAUGUGAGAUUAAUGUAAAAGUUUUGGCUAAAAUAAGCAACUAUUGUAUAUAAACAAUGUCACUGGCUUCUCUUUAAUUGCUGCCUGUAAUUGCAGAGUUCAGUAGUUGUAGAGAAUUUUUUUAUUGACACCUGCAGUAAUGUAGUACUGAAAUAACUGCACAGAAAGUUGUUUGUAUUUCAUAGCAAAAAAAAUGUCUCAGGGUUUCCCGGUAGAUAGUGUUUUGCAAGACAGCUUUAUUUGGAUACCUUUCCUUAACUAGACUUGGUCGUUAGAAAUUAGAAUAAAGUUAAAUAACUUCCCAAAUCUGAGGUGUUAAAUACACUCAUGUCACAUUAAAUUAAUUGUAAUUUUUGUUUUAGCUUACUGCAGAAGCUAAUAUGAAAAUGCUGAGCUGAAAAAUUCAGCAUUUGCUUAUGUUUGUUUUUCUAAUUUUUUUUCAAAUGUGUAGUUCAUUUGGUGUUUAUAUAAUUCACCUAUUGAGCAAAUUUAUAUAUUUACUGCCGUCCUCUACCUGUCUUUUUUUUUUUUUUUAGUAACACAGAUGGAGCAAGGGAUUGUAUUUCGGCUCAGAGGGAGAAACUAACCCAGUAAUGUCUGGUACUACAUAUUCUUACACUCCAAAGUUAGAUGGAAUCUGCAAACACACUGACUUUUGUUAUGGCUGGUUGUGUUGAUGGAAUCUAAACACAAAAAUUAUUAUGUCUGAUUCUAGCUUGAAUUUUUUUUUUUUUUUUUGUAUUUAAAGAGUUUGUUCUGAUCUGUACAUUUGUUUUCUGAUCUUAGAAAUCCUGCUAAGUAUCCAGAAUAUGAUGGAUGCCAACGGAUUGUCAAAACAUGAACUGAGAUGUGUCAUGCUACUUUUCUAUCUAUGGUUCCAUUCAAGUGCUGAUUUGUGCUUUUUGUUGAAAUGUGUUGUGAUCUUCCAUGUUGACAUUCUGGAACAUACUAGUAAUCUCUCUAAUUUGUGGUGAUUGAGUAAAAUCAGGAGACUGAGACACAAGAAUCUGACAUUCUUCUUGUACUAUUUUUUUCUACUUACUUCAUCAGCAAAAGCAUUUCACUUUGUUUCCUUUGUACAAGUAUGUAUGUUAUCUCUCGUUGUUUAGAAGGUAAAACCAAUGUAGACUGUUUUGACAGAGUGGAUGUCUGAUUAUUUAAUGGUUUCCUUUUGUUGCCAAAGCCCAUUUUAGGUGUUUUUAGACACAACUCCCAACAGCUAGCUUGGAAGUCUUCAGAAAAGUACUGAUUUUGAAUUAAUGCUGAUUACUUCUACACACAGCCUCAUACAAAUACAUAAUCUUUCUUUCGGCUUUUCCCGGUUAGGGGUCGCACUCUUGCUGUGAGGUGACAACGCUACCGCUGCACCACCGCGGCUUCACAGCCUCAUACAUAAUGAUUGUAGUAAAUUGGUCCAGAUUUCUGUCAAAGGGUUAUGGCAGCUUCCUUCACCGUCCAAGCUCAAAACAGCAUUUAAGAAGGAUAACAUUUGCAGAAAGUCUUGUGCAUUCGAUUUAAUUACUUUUAUGUUUUUUUGUUGUCUCUUAUGUGGUAUAUACAUCUAACUACAAAAUGGCAGUUCGAAUUCUCUAAGUUGGCCAUCAGUGAAAAAAAUAUUUACAUCACAGCCUGUAUUAUGGCGUAUUCAAAGCUGUUUUGGAUGCUGGAAAGUUUUUUUCCACAUUGAUGUAUUAAAACUGAAUUUUUUAAGGGCUGCUGUAAAAGGUUUCUUUCCUUAGAGGUUGGCAUGAUGACCCCUCAGCUAAUCAUAAAUUGCUGUUUUCAUUCAGAAAUGAGGGUAGAUGGUGGUCAGUCUAUAGCUGUAUCUAAUAAUUUCCUUAAAGUUUGACAUCAGGCAAAACGAUAUGGUUUCAUAAGAAGCCUUGAAGAGUAUCACUUACAAAAAGAUGUCAAAACAAAAUGAAUACCAGGAGUAGAAAGAAAACAAAACAUGGUUGCAAAAUAAAAAAAAAAGUAGAAUGUGACAGUUUGUCUGGUUAUCUGUUGGGCACAAAAUAUGUAACAGAAUGGUUACCAGGAUGAAAAUCAGCACUAGUAUGGAAAUGGGUAAAACAGAGUAAUGUUAAUAAAAUUAUUGACCAGUUACACUACAGAACUCACUGGCAGUUAUUCACGCAACCCACUUGUCAGUACUAAUUUGACAAUAUUUUUUUCCCCUUACAUAAGCCUUGUUCAUUUGAUUUCUUUUGUUGUGGCUAAGCUAAAUGAAUUUGUCUGAAUUUAAAAAACGCAUCUUAUUUGUGGUGUCAGAAUAUUUUUGGGUUCUCCUACAUUUUACAACUUUGUAGUCUGUGAAAGUAAAAUGUUUGGAAAUCAAGUGCCAGAAGUUUAUUCUAAACAGCAAUAGUUCUAGUAGCUAGAGUAGUACUCUUCCUUUUUAUGUCCAUUUUAAAUAUUUUUGCCAUCUUUUCUUAAACAAUUAGGAAUCAUUUUAAUCCAAUUUUAAAAGUUAAAAUACCAGUGUACUGAAGUAAGCCAAAAAUACUUACUUUUUUGAACUGUAAUAGAUUUCAGAGACUACUAGGCUUAUUUUUUGGUAAGAUCAUUACAAUGUGUACAUAAAUAUUGAGUAUUUCUUAAAGGUUUUGUAUUGUAUUUUUCCCUUAGGAAAAAAAAUGUCCAUUUCCAAUGGUUCAAGGAUAACAUUGUAAAACUGAAAAAGGAUUAUAAUAAAACAAGCAUUUGUCAAUGCUGAACCUUCA